UGCUACAUUCUUUUCUUAUUGUGAUUAGGCCUACUGUUAUGUAAAUAUUCAUAAUGAAAUGUUGCAGAAGUUCUAAAACACAUUUCAGACGAUUAAUUUGGAAAGUUAAAUAUUUAGAAAGUACGAAAUUGUAAUAGUGUCGGGUGUUGGUAGCCUAUAUAAACUUGAAGACGAGACUGGACAGCGACUUUGCGUAACAUUCCAUAAACAAUUAUGAAAAGCUAUCACAGGGUUCAUCUGGUUUUGGAAAGGAUGAAUCCAUGUUGACUGUUGUUCGUCAGUCCUUGGCUUGUUUGAAUAGGGAAACACUUGGAGGACACUAAAUUUCGUGACUCGAGCUGUUCGCAACUGCAAACUCUGACACAGGGAUAGCCUAUUCGACUCACUUGUUGGCAGUUUUUCUCUGAACAUGGACGGUUCGUGGAUUUUUGUCCUGGCUGCGUUAACAAUAGGACUGAUACAGAUGUGCGAUAGUCAUGGAGCUCGCGCAGGUGGCAGACAGAAUGCAACAGACCUUUCUAUUAGUCUUCAGACGACAACUGUUAGCUCAAACCAAAAACUUUCCUCAGUAUCCAGCUCAAAUAUCUCACAUCACAACAGCAAGCUGCCUUUUGGAGAGACUGGUAGAAAGGAUGGAUCCAAGGAUGAAUCCAAACAUCGGCUCACUGACUCUGAAGGCAGGUUACGUAGAACUCCCAGGCAACUGAGCAGGAGUAGCUCAACUAGACACAGGACGCGGACUGUGACCGGAGGCAAUGCCACCUCCAAUGGAGGGAAGCCGGCUACAUCCAAGCGUCUGGUUGGACCACAUGUGUGUGGCCAGCAGUGCUGCUCAGGAUGGGCUGUUGCUAGGGGAACCAACCGCUGCAUUAAACCUGACUGUCAACCUCCGUGUCAGAACCGGGGCUCCUGCAGCCGUCCCCACACCUGCGUGUGCCGCUCUGGCUUCCAGGGAGCGCGUUGUGAGGAGGUGGCACCUGAACAGGUGUAUAUUCGUGCUGGAGGCACAAGAGCCUUUACGAUAAUCCAGCCAAGUGGCGAGCAACUGCAGCAGCAGCAGCUGGUUCGCAGAGAGUCUGUGGAAAAACAACCUGUUGAAACCAGCUUCAAGUCCCAGAUGCAAAGACCAGCCACCACCAGGCUUCCUCACUCCUCUUUGACCACACAGACAAAAGAAGGCUCUGCAAGUUCCUCCUCCAGACAGACGGGUGCAUCCAGGACAGUGAAGCGUUACCCAGAAUCCACUGCACAUCUCAACUCCAAUGCAUUGCCCACUGAGAACAGACAUGGCAAUGAGCUUGGUCCAGGUCUUUUGAACAAUAGCCCAAGACUACAAGACACAAGUGGGCAGAGCUCUAUCAACAGUGCAGUCUCACCAUCUGGGGCUAACCUCACUUCUGGUGUCGACCGCAUCAAGAUUGUUUUCACGCCCAUGGUGUGCCGCAGGACUUGCUCUGGAGGCCGCUGCUACAACAGCUGUGAGAGGGGAGAGAAGACCACUGUCUAUAGUGAGAACCAGAACCAGCCGCCAAAAAGCCAGGGCUUCCGCCUAUUCUUCUGUCAAAUACCCUGUCUGAACGGUGGCCGGUGUAUUGGUCAGAACCAAUGCUGGUGUCCGUCCAACUCCACUGGGAAGUUCUGUCACCUGCCAGCUCCGCCUCCAAGCAGAGCCACUAUCCAGGGAUCCAAUGGGAAUGGAGGACAUAAUAGCUCCUCCCACUCUAUGUAUACUUUGCCCCUUUCCAACCAGGGAGCCCAUACGCACCUAUCAAUGGUGAAUGUCCACAUUCAGCAUCCCCCAGAGGCUGAGGUCCAGGUGCAUCAGGUGGCUCGGGUCAAGCCAGGUCAGGCUGUGCAGAAUCAUAGCCGAGAUGGGUCAUCACACUCUGUGCAGCAGCGCUCUCAGCCUGCCCACGGCAAUGACCACAACCUCAACAACGGCCAUGGCAAUGGCAACGGCAAGACCAGUCCUACAAGGCCCCUCAACAGACAGAAUGGACAUGUGGGAAGAUGCUUUCAGGAGACAGUUGAUGGCCAGUGCGGGAAGCCCCUCCCAGGUCUGACCAAGCAAGACGACUGCUGUGGAAGCGUGGGAGCGUCGUGGGGACUCAAUAAGUGCACCGAGUGUCCAAGCAAACCAGCCUAUGCAGUCAUUGCCAACGGCCAAGUGGAAUGUCCCAAAGGAUUCAAGAGACUGAACAGUACUCAUUGUCAGGAUAUAAACGAGUGUCUGAUGUCUGGGAUUUGUAAGCAUGCAGAGUGUCUUAACACCAGAGGAAGCUACAGAUGCACUUGCAAGCCAGGAUACAUGCUGGAUCCUUCCCGAAGUCAUUGUGUCUCGGAUAAAGCAGUGUCUGUAGCCAAAGACUUUUGCUACCGCUCCACCUCCGAAGGCACCUGUUCCCUGCCCCUCCCCCAGCAGAUCACCAAGCAGAUCUGUUGCUGUAGUCGCGUGGGAAAGGCCUGGGGCUCCAGCUGCCAGAGAUGCCCUGUCCCUGACACAGAGCACUUUAGGGAGAUCUGCCCGGCUGGCCACGGCUACACAUACUCACACUCGGACAUCCAGAUAUCUCUCAGGAAGAUGGAAGAAGAGGAGAAGUACCCUCCAGCCACCCAAAGGCCAUACUUCCCCUAUCAGCCACAACUUCCCCACAUCCCCAGCCACCAGCCUCAUAGACCUUCCUAUCCACAGACUCCUGCUAACCCACAAGUUCCCUCAUACGAGUCCGAGGUCCCACAAGUACCCCACCAGCCUCAUAGACCUUCCUAUCCACAGACUCCUGCUAACCCACAAGUUCCCUCAUACGAGUCCGAGGUCCCACAAGUACCCCACCAGCCUCAUAGACCUUCCUAUCCACAGACUCCUGCUAACCCACAAGUUCCCUCAUACGAGUCUGAGGUCCCACAAGUACCCCACCGGCCUCAUAGACCUUCCUAUCCACAGACUCCUGCUAACCCACAAGUUCCCUCAUACGAGUCCGAGGUCCCACAAGUACCCGAGGUGCCCACAUUUCCACAGGUGCCCAUACAGCCACGGCCCUCUAGAAUCCCACCGAUACCUCACCACCCUUCCCUGGAACCACACCAGACAGGCAAAAUCCCUUCACAACGUGUUCCACAUGAUAAUGAUGCUGAUGCUGCGGAAGUGAUCCCUUCCACUGAGUCACCAUCUGGCCACCCAGAUUUGAUGGAUAUUUCAACCCCUCCCAUCACUACCCACUCGAAGCCAGAUUCGAGUAUCAAGGACAAGACCACUGCUUCCAGAAAUGUGUCCAAACAGGUGACAGACAUUGACCGAUGCUCCUUGACUCCCACAAUCUGUGGACCUGGCCAGUGUGUGUCAGUCCAGACUGGGUACACGUGCCGCUGUUACCCUGGCUAUCAGCAUAAUGCCCUGCAGACUCAGUGCAUAGAUAUCAAUGAGUGUGAGGAGAACGUGUGUGGCGAGAACGCCCGCUGUGUCAACUCCUAUGGCUCCUAUUCGUGUCACUGCCAGACUGGUUUUAGCCAGGCCAUCACCCAGAACAGGAAGUUCUGCCAAGAUGUGAAUGAGUGUGACAUGCCCAAUAAGUGUCCAGGGGGCCACUGUGUGAACACGGAGGGAUCUUACACAUGCGAGUGCAAGACUGGCUUUACCAAGAAUGGGAGAGGCCACUGUGAAGAUGUGAAUGAAUGUCUGUCCUCAACUGUGUGUGCCAAUGGUCACUGUAUAAACACAAAGGGCUCUUACCAGUGCGUCUGCAAUUUUGGAUACGAAACUGCUCCGGACCAAAGCAGUUGUCAGGAUGUGGAUGAGUGCUCCCUCUCUGGAAUCUGUGAUCAUGGACAGUGCACCAAUCUGCAAGGGUCUUAUAGCUGCAGUUGUAACCUUGGUUACCAAGCAACUCUGAAUGCUAAGGCCUGUGAGGAUGUCAAUGAGUGUGCCACCACAAAUGUGUGCCCCAAUGGAAUAUGCACCAACACAGAAGGUUCCUACACCUGCACAAAUUGCCAGUCUGGUUUCGUCAAAUCAGCUGAUGGACAGAUAUGUGAAGACAUUGAUGAGUGUGUUGCAUCGGAUGCCGUUUGUUUGGACGGCGUGUGUACAAACACUGAGGGCUCUUACACUUGCACCUUAUGCCGCACCGGCUACCGCUUAUCCCUGGACAGGCAGCAGUGUGAGGAUAUUGAUGAGUGUCUUACUGAAUCCAUCUGCAACAAUGGCAUCUGUCUGAACUCUGACGGCUCCUACUCCUGCACAGCCUGUCCCACUGGAUACCUCGUGUCAUCAGAUGGCGAGAUCUGUGAAGAUAUUGACGAAUGCCAUUCUCCUGGAGUUUGUCCCCUGGGUUUGUGCACAAACACUCCAGGCUCUUUCUCCUGCAUGGCUUGUGACACUGGCUAUAAACUGUCCUCUGAUAAAAUCACAUGUGAAGAUGUAGAGGAGUGUGAAGAGGACAUCUGCGCGGGUGGAGAGUGCACCAAUACUCCUGGAUCCUUCAGCUGCUCCUGCCCUGAAGGGUUUGAGCACCAUGAGACAGGCUGUACAGAUGUGAAUGAGUGUUUGGCAGUCGGGGUGUGUGGUGAUGGAGACUGUCUGAACACUGAAGGCUCCUUCCUCUGCAUUUGUCCUGUGGGAUAUGCCCAGGCCAAAGAUGGACUUGGAUGUCAUGAUGUGGAUGAGUGUGAGAAGGGCAAUGUGUGCUUCCAGGGCCAGUGUCUCAAUACAGAGGGCUCAUUCCAGUGUGUAUGUGAGGCUGGCUACAAGUUCUCCACACAGACAGGGGAUUGUGAAGAUCUGGAUGAGUGUAAAGAAUAUGGUAGUAAUGUGUGCGGAACAUGGCAUUGUGAGAACACCUUGGGUUCCUACCGCUGCUUUAUGGGUUGCCAGCCUGGUUUCGAUGGUGACGAGAAUGGAGACUGUGAUAUUGAUGAGUGUGUGAACGAGACAAUAUGUGGAGAGCAUGGAUUCUGUGAGAACACAGAUGGCUCCUAUCGCUGUCAAUGUUACCGUGGAUACGCUAAUGCACCAGAUGCCCAAGGGUGUGUGGACAUAAAUGAGUGUGAAACAAGCACCGAUUACUGUGGGGAGGCCUGGUGUGAGAAUGUGGAGGGGAGUUUCCUGUGUAUCUGCACCAAUGAGGAAGAGGAAUUCGACCCCAUCAGCAACCAAUGCCACAGUACUCGGGGGGCCUUAGUGGAACACGCGGGAGUUCCGUUGCCCUCGGUAACGCUCUCACAUGGCGAGGAGAGGAAGCAGUGCUACUACAACCUCAACGACGCCAACUUGUGCCUUAAUGUGCUCUCACACAACACUACCAUCGAGGAGUGCUGCUGCACAGUCGGGGCUGGCUGGGGGGACAACUGUGAGAUCCACCCCUGCCCUCCGACUGGGAGAGCUGAGUAUGACCAACUAUGUCCGAAGGGCAAUGGUGUUCUGCCUGUGACCACAGACUUUGGACAGCAGCUUUUCAAAGAUGCGGAUGAAUGUUCAAUGUUUGGACCUGAGAUUUGUAAGAAUGGUAUCUGCACCAACCUUUUCUCCUCAUACUCCUGCUAUUGUCAAAAUGGCUACUACUAUGAUAAUAUCCGCCUUGAAUGUGUGGAUCAUGAUGAAUGUCUGGAUGAGGGAACGUGUGAGGGAGGGGCUUGUGUGAACAUCGCAGGGUCCUUCAACUGCUUCUGCAGCCCUCCUCUCAUCCUGGACAGCACACGCCGCCGCUGCGUCUCUGUGAACGGCACAGGCGACGGCCAGAGUCUGGAGGAUGACAUCCACAUGGACAUCUGCUGGCAGCAGCUCACUGAUGAUGACAUAUGUUCUAGUCCUUUGAUUGGCAUCAGGACUACCUACACGGAAUGCUGCUGUCUCUAUGGCAUUGCCUGGGGCAAACUAUGUGCCUUCUGCCCCACACGGUCAUCUGAGGACUUUGCGACGUUGUGCAAUGUGCCGAACAGAGGUUCCGACAGCCUGCGCGAGAGACCCGGUUAUGAGUACGGCCCCGAUCUCCCGCCGCCGCAAGGCCCGUUUGACCCCUACUGGAAUAACUACGGGCCCCUGGAAGGUGGAGGGACAUACUUUGACCCUGAGGAGUCCCAGUCCGUCCCCCUGUUCACAGACCCCUCCAGUGAUUACAGCUCAAGGGAGACAAUCAGUGGACCUGUUCACCGGCCCAGAGAAAACCCACCCCCUGUUCAUGUGGAUGACUUUAGAGACCGCUAUGACAGCUUUGAGGGUCUACGGGCAGAGGAGUGUGGCGUGUUGAAUGGCUGUGAAAAUGGCCGUUGUGUACGUGUACGGGAGGGCUACACAUGUGAUUGCUUUGACGGCUACGUGCUUGACCUCACCAAGAUGGCCUGUAUGGACAUAAACGAGUGUGAAGAUAUCAAUGACAAGGUGGCACUGUGUAAGAAUGGAGAAUGCGUCAACAGUGAGGGCUCCUACAAGUGCAACUGCCUGCCAGGGUUCGUCAUGUCCACCAACCCUCACGAGUGCAUUCCAGAGACCCAGAAGUCACCUCCUGGUGGGGAGGAGAAGUAACGACUCUCCUGAACUCCUUCCUUUCACCCCUCUGUCUCUAAAUACUCAUGUCUGUUUUUCCAAGGGGCCUGCAAUAAGGUCCUACCCAUAAAGCCAUGACCCAUUCCAUAUACACACAUGCUCACUCAGAUGUCCUUGGGUAGCCUACCUUGGUUGUGUCAGGUAGAUGAAGUACGCUCUAAGAUUGCUCCGGCCUCCAGGCUAAGUUUGGUAAUAGGAAUGGAUCUGUCCUCACUCAUGUGAAUGACAUCACACAGGAAGGAUUAAGCAUUAGAACGACUGGCUCAGCUAGUUUAUGUCCAUGGUACAACAUAAUAAGUGUAGUGCCAGGGACACAUGUUACCCAAGGAAACUAGAGUGACUGUGCACAUAUACACACACACACAUGCAACCCUCCACCCUCAAAAAUGUGCACAUUCGUUGGAUCUGCGACUAUAAUGCUCGAUAGAUAACAUAUUAGAUAAGACACAGGGACUGUUUAAGGGUUAUUUCUAUCUCAGUUAAUGAAUAUAAUAAAAUGUUAACGCAUUACCAUUUCAGAUUUGUUACAAUCAAGAUCUACUGGAGGAUCAUAUUCCAUGUGUUAUAUAUCGGAUCAGUUCCAAUUUUAGUGGUUUUAAAUUGGAUUUACUUAACAACCCAUUAAGUGCACUUUUACGUAUAUGCAAAGUGCACUCUUCUUGAAGACAAAUUCUAAGUUGCUUCAAACAGGAAAUGCAGAUGUUAAAUCUUGAAGCCCUAAAGUUACAGUCCACAAUUGUAAUCCAGUUCUCUAUUUGUCAAAUUCAGCAAAUUGCUCCUUAUGGUCCUCUUGCGAUGUGUGCACUUACAGUAAAAGAGUCCAUACAGUCAAGGCCCUGAAAAUGGACAAAGUGGCAGAAUAGUGGCCUUUCCCGAAACAAUUUCAGCUUCAGCAUUUGAUUCUGGAGCACAGGAGAGGUGUCAUUUGAUUGGCUGUUGUGUCAAUGACUAUUUUCAUUAAGAGAUUCAAACUGGACUGAUAUUUCGCACAUGGGUUAUGUUUGAAAGUAAUGAAACGGGCAAAUCUUAAAUGGUCAAGCAGAAAGUGUGCAGAUGAAACUGAGCUGGAAUGACCCUAAAAGGUAAACGGUCCUAUGACAAGUUACAAACCAUACUCACCAAGCAGUGAAGCAGUCCUUUUGUAUUUGGUGUUUUGUGUUAUGUGUAUUCUAUUUAUCUUCAGGAGGCUUCAGAGAAUGCUGUCCCCCCCGAGAGUGUGUUAUGUAUUAAACAGCACUCACCUUCAGGCACAAAUAAAUUAAAUUGGACUUUUGAAUAGCCUAGGUUUUAUGGUUUAAUGGUUUUUGGUUUCCACCUUUGGUUUGUUAGUUUGUUUGUUUGUUUUUCAAAAUCACCCAUAACACAUUCCUUACCAUGCAACUCUGAACCUUGGUUGAGGCUUUUUUGUUAACUUGUACAGAUAAAGGUCAGUGUAUUAAUUGUUUAUUAUUAUUAUUAUUAUUAUUAUUAUCCAAUUAUAACUAUAGAAAAUGUUUUUUACAUAAAAUAAGGAAAGACAACAGAACAAAACCCGUUGCCUCUGAUCUUUGUAGAUUUAUUAUAUGUACAAAUGAUUUUUUAUAUCUUUUAUACCUGAGAAAAGUGGUUUACACUGUACAAGAGAAAUUGUUUGUAACCUGCCCUGUGGAGCAGAAAUAUAAUUUUAACCAAUGGCAGCACCUUCGUGAUGCCCUCAAAUUACCUACACAAAAAGUGCCCAAAGUGCCCAUCGGUAAGCGCUUGAGAAUACUCAUAUACAGUGUAUCUGUACCUCGAAAUAUGUGAUUAUUUUGGAUAAUUGUAGGCCUAUGUCUAUUAUUAGUGACUAGAAUCUAGAAUUAUAUGUCUGUUAUCGACUUUGGCCCAUUUAUAGCCCACAAGAUGUCCCUACUGUGUAAACCAACUUCCACCGAAAUGUCAAUGCUAUUGCCACUUGCUGGCUAUCUGCUGUCAACAGACAGAUGCAAAUGCAGCGCUUUAGGUCAUAUUACCGAAGUUUAGGUCAGUUUGCCGAAGUUUAGGUCAGCUACGGUUAAUCCUUUAACAGAUUUAUCCUCAAAAACAUCAAUGGGUUUCAAGGUUUCAUUUGAAGCCUUUUGAAACAAAUUGCUUACCCUGAUUGUGAAAAUACCCCCAAUUUAAAGUGAUGUAAACACUCUAGUACUUAUGUCAUGUUUGCAAACAAUUCCAUUUGGUAUAUUUACCCUGUUCACAGAAAAUCUGAUGAAAAUUGAUUAUUCAUUUUAGAAUUAUGUGUAUUCAGUUUUAACCUUCCUAACCAUUUCUCAAUUGAUGAGGGCUGAGCUGAAUUUACAUCCUCACAAAAACCUGAAUAUCAAUAAUAUAAUUGAUAUUGGGAACAUUUCAUAUGGUCAUGGAAAAUAUGAUGAUGACUACACUCCAAAGUAUCAAGAUGAAGUGAUAUUAUUGGAUACCUUGUAUUUACUGAAGCAUGUAAGCUACCUGGGCAGUAUCAGGCGGUCACUGUUGUCUCUACACCCUAUGUUCAGGGUACAAAUGAUUUUAUCUACACAUUUCAAUGUUUAUUGUAAUGGUUAAACAGAAUAUAAACUGGUCUUCAUUUGUCAUGUUUAUUUCAUUCAUUUCUGACUGUAGGCAACUCUGGUCAAAAAAAUAAAGUCUGAAAAUACUCCACCCA